AUGGACAUCUCUAUCACUUGGAAUUGCUCUAUUUCAAUGAGUAUUGAAGCUUUUCAAUCAGUGAGUGUGCCUCUCUCUCUUGUCAGCAUGCUUAUGGACAUCGUUUUUGUCUUCUGUAUGGUCUUUCCACAGCAGGGACAACCGCGAAUGAAACAACCUCUUAAUCUUUUAGUGGGAUCCCUCGUAGGGUGCAAUACUGCUCUUCAUGUUUGCACUCUUUUAUUUGUUGUUAGUGACUUUAUCUACUCUCCGUCAAAUGUAAACAGUGUUAUUUUUUAUGAUGUUGCAGCAGAAGUUUUGCUUUUUACCAUGAGGACCAGUGUCACCUCCUCCCUUUGGCUUACUGUGUUCUACUACUGUCAGAUUGUUCCAGCUCAGCGUUCUUUCUUCAUCUGGUUGAAAAAGAAUAUCAGACUCUUUAUAUACGCUGCUUUAGUCCUGGACAAAUUCUUCUUUUUGUUCGCGUUCAUUGUGUAUAUUUGGCAUUAUAUUGAAAUAGAUUUAAGUAAGCCAAAGACUUUUGCACUAAGUUAUGCAGUUAACAUCAACUUUUGGUUAAGAUUAGUUUAUUUCUUGCUCAGUCUUUGUGUGAUGUUGACAUCAAGCUGUGCGACUGUUCUCUACCUGCGGAGACACAUGAAGAACAUGGAGGAGAGCAGCAGAUCCUCUCCACAUCUUCACUCACAGAUGAGGGUGACCAUCACGGGAAUCGUACAGACUCUCCUUUAUUUUCUCUGCUCAGUCUGGCUAAUUAUCAGUGAUUCUGCUUUUGAACUCACCAAUUCAUAUUUUGAUGCAGAUCACUAUGUACUUUGCACUGUUAUUUCAUUGUACUCUUUUGGGACAAAUAUUAAUUUGGGUGUUGGCCAGUCAAUAUUCCGGGAGCGGAUAGUCCUCGUUUGCCAGAAAGUUUGUGAAAUUGUUCAUGCCUUACUGCACUGA